UAAAUAGUAAAAUCAGAAGUUCGUCUUGUCUUAAAUAAAAAGAAAACACACGAAUUGGUUAAAAACACACGAACUAAUACGAAAUAAAAUAAAAAUAGUAAGGAAAGUUUUGAAACUAUCAAACAAUUGAGUGAACUUCAACUAAAUUAUAAGACGUCGAAGAUUUUCUCAACACUCAACAGCAACCGCAACCCAACCAGAACAGAACCACAAAUCAAUCAUCAUUCCCCAAACUACUGAAAGUAUUUUCUUCCCAUCAAAAUGAAUUUCCUAAUUCGCCAGCAAAAAGCUGUUUUCAAAUUUGGACUAAAAUCCCCUGUUGGAUUCUCAAAUAAAUAUACCCGACCACACCAUCGUUCAAUAAUUGCUCAUCAGCAAAUAAAAAAAUACAGCUACAUACAUCUUGGCGGUGGUGGAAGAGUUCUCCCUGCUUCAACAACGUGCUGCAAUCCCGAUGAUGGCUGGAAGACGGCUGGUAAUUCAAAUUUGUACGCUCAUGAUCCCUUUGGCCGACAAAUUCGAUACAUUUCGGUCAGCAGCAGGCUGUCAGAGCAAUCUUCUUCAAAAGUUGAAGAGACUGUUAAACUUAUGAAAAACAAACAGAAAGAGCAAGAGGAAUUAAUAAAAAAGGAAAAUCUACAAAUUAGGACCAGCGCUCCUGAAAUCCCCAAACCAGUUCCAGUGAAAAAAUCCCUCAAACAACGAAUCUGGGAUGAAAUUGUCCAUUACUAUCAUGGUUUUCGGCUUUUGUUUAUCGAUAUAAACAUUUGUCGAAAGCUUUUGGGUCGAGUACUUAAUGGCAAAACCUUGACACGUCGAGAAAACAAACUUCUCGUCCGAACCACUUCGGAUCUCUUCCGUUUGAUACCAUUUUCGAUUUUCAUUAUUGUGCCCUUUAUGGAGCUGUUGUUGCCGGUUUUCAUCAAGUUUUUCCCUGGAAUGUUACCCUCGACAUUCCAGACCAACCAGGACAUUGAAGACAAGCUGAAGCACAAUCUUAAAGUGAGAUUAGAAAUGGCGAAGUUCUUGCAGAAGACCCUCGACGAAAUGUCGGUGCAGCACAGUGAUCAUAACAGUGAAGAAGCGAAGGCCUUCGCCGAGUUCUUCCAGAAAAUCAAAGAUCCCAACGAGUUUGUUGACAGUGAGGAUAUUAUAAAGUUCUCCAAACAAUUCCAAGACGAAAUAACCCUGGACUCGCUAAGUCGAGAACAAUUGGUGGCGCUAUGUCGGGUGCUUGAAUUGCAAACUAUGGCAACAACCAACCUGUUGCGUUUCCAGCUGCGCUUGAAGCUGAGGAGUCUAGCGGCCGACGAUCGCGAUAUCGCCCGAGAGGGAGUGAAUGCGUUGGACCUGUUUGAAUUGCAGCAGGCUUGCAAGACAAGAGGCAUGCGGGCAUACGGACUAUCGGCGGAGAAACUGCGAUCUCAGCUGCAAGAAUGGAUUGACCUGAGUCUGAAUGAGAAAGUUCCUAACACUUUAUUGUUGCUAUCGCGGGCCUUGAUGAUCUCGGAUGAUGCUUCAACCACGCAUAAACUUAAGGAAACUAUUCGUGUGCUACCCGAUGUGCUUGGAACGCAAACUAAGGCCGCCAUUGGAGAGCGUGAAGGAAAGAUCGAUAAUAAAACGAAGAUUGAAAUUAUCAAAGAAGAGGAACGCAAAAUCAAGGAAGAACGUGACGAAGAGCGUGAGGAAGAGAAACAGAAGGCAGAGGAAUUGUUGGAUAAGGCGCCAAAAAUUGGUUCAAAAGAGCCAUUAAUAAUGAGUGCUAGCGAGCCACUAGCCAAGAAACCUGCCGCUGCUGCUGCUUCAGAUAAUACCCUAUCGCCUAAUGAUGUGAAACUGUUGGGUGAAGCUUUAAAGACCGUCGUUGGCAAAAGCAAGCAGUUAUUAGUCGAGAAGGAAACCAUCAAAGAUCUUAAGGAGGAGAUUGAAGACUACAAAGAAGAUUUGGAAGAAUUGCGUGAGAUCACAACAACUCAAACUGAACUUAAGGAGUCAGUGAAAGAGAGUCGUGGUGCAAAGAUCCUAUUCAAAAAGGUGAAUUCCAUGAUUGGACAAUUGGAUAAGGUGCUGAAUGAUCUUGAGCAAAAAGGCAAGAAACUUCAACAAGUUGAUGUUGCACCCGAUUUAAGGCCCAAGCCCGAUGCUCUCAUUCGGGUUGAUGAAUUGGUCAACGCUAUUAAAUUGAUGCAAGAAACCUCUGACGAAGCGAAAUUGAAUACGAUAGAGAAGGUACUAAGUAAAAUAGAUGUCGAUCAAGAUGGUGCAAUUAGUGCCAAAGAGGUUCUAAAGGUGGUGGAAAUAAUCGGAAGGGAAAAUGUGAAACUUAGUGAAAAACUAGUCGAAGAACUGCUAGACCUCCUCGACAAAGAAGAAAUAAUCGAAACCGAAGAGAAAAUUGAAAAAGCUAUCGCGAAGAGUAUUAAAGAAGCCGACAACGCAAUGAGAGUGGCCGAAGAGAUUCAAGAUAUGGCACCUCUUCUUGAAGACAAAGCAAAGGACUUGGAUGCUGCUGAUGAGAAAAAUCUUCUUGUUGAUGCCUUAAAAAAGACAGAAAAAGGAGAAGUCUCAUCAGAUUCAAAAACCGAAACAAUCUUACCCAAAACACAUCCAGGUAUUUCAUCAACGCUCACUCCACCAAUUUCACCACCACCUUCUAAUCCUCAGGCAAAUCCAAAGGAUAAAAUGCUUUGAUUCGCCUGUAGAGAUAAAACUACAACAGUAAAUACCAAAAAUGGUACUACUCGUACAUCCUAGUUAAAUGGUUAAUGGUGUAAUUCUGUUGAAUGUGAUAAUAACUUAGUUUAAUAUUCUAUCAAACCACAAACAUAAAGAAGAAAAUUAAAAUAAAAAUACACAAAAAACUCUUAAAAUAAAUUCGAAAAUAAAAUAUACAAAAUAAACACAAAUACCUAAUCCCCAUUUUAAAAUAACUAAUGGCACAAAGUAAGCAGGAAUCAGGUAUAAGAGAAAAGAGAAUAGAGAAAAUUUCGAAAAAGAAAAAGAAGAAAAAUACGGAUCUCGUUGAGCUAAAUUUCGUUUUCUUGAAUGUGUAUUUUAUUUUUAAAUUUGACACUAAAAUUAUUUUAUACUUGUAUUACAAUUUUUUUUAUUAAUAAUUUUGAAUUUUGCAUCCUGUAAAAAAUAAUGAAAAAAAAAAUAAAAAUAAAUUAUUAAGAAACAAAAUAACACUAAAAACAAAACUGUCUUCAAAGAAGAAUUAUUUUGUAAUCUUUAGUUUCACAACUUUAAAAUAGUUACAACAAGAAAUAUUAUGAUUGUUUUUCGUAUUUACUUUUUAUAUUCAAAAGUAACGAAAUUGUAAAUUUGUAUUAAAAUCUGUGUGUAUAACUUUUUUGUUAUUAAAUAAAUUAUUAAUAAAAAAAAUAAAAUGAAUUAUGAGGCUAA